GGACACAAAUUCGAAGUAGUUGGCCGGUCGCGCACGGCAUUAGAACUCGUCAUGGAUCGAACACGUGGGUCCACGGAUGCCUAAUCUAAAAUUGCUAGGCCAACGCGAUAAUAGACAGUUAAGCGUCUAUUUUUACUUUUCUUUAGUUAGAGUAAAUGAGCUGGUGAUUAGAAAACGGCUCUCCUCCAGUAAACGCGCAUUUAAUCGUUGAAGUUCGUGUAAUUGCGAAAGCAAGCAGUUCAAUUGACUUCCGUGAUACAAUUACGAGUUAUUGUUUGUGUAUUGACAUAAGUGAAACUGACAGUGUAGUGUUAAUUAGCGUUUAUAGCAUUGAUAAUUAAAUAUCAAUCGUCAAUCAUGUUCGCAUUUCCAAAAUGUAGCAUUAUUAAGGGCACGAAACCCAACCCAAACCUUUCUAUAAAACACAGUGCAGAAAAGGACAAAAACGACGCACAAAAUUUAUCAUCGGUCAUGGCGAAUUUAAAACUCGACGCCGCCGCCGCCUCCUCGUCUUAUCGCGUGGCGGGUGAAAUCUGGAGGAGGAUCGAGCUGAUAGACUGCGUGUCGGUCAGAGCCUGUCCCGGUGUGACGCUGGCCGAGGACACGAAGAUCUACAUGAAGACCGAGAGCAAAGAGCUGGCCGAGAUCGGAACGAUCAGCGAGAUUUACGGCCACAUCAACGAGCCCCUGUACGAGGUCCUGGUGCCCGAAGGCGUCUCGUGGGACCUGCUGAGAUCCAGCAACGUGGUCUAUUACGAUCCGGAGCAUCCGUGCACGAGGUUCGCGCGCAUCAGCUGUUAAACGGAGGAGCGGCGCAAUUAUCAGGGGGCGAGCCUAGUCAGCGCGAGUAUAAACGAUAAAAUCACUCAAUCCUCGAUUUAAGCAGUAGAAGUUGUAGGAUGCGUGAGUUUUAAUUUUUCGACGAAUCGGUCGAACCGAUCCUUGAUGUGCAAUGUUUACAAAUAAGAAAUGAAUUAGAUAAAUAUAUAGUGAUUAUAUUUUCGAGAUUAAGAGCUAAUGGGUUUUUACAUAGAUUAAAUGUAACAUAUAUAUUUCUA